UCCUCAUCUUCGUUCCAUUCAUGAAGCGGCGGAGCUCUCCGGUAACCGGGAGCCUCACGGAGGACUGCGGGCCCUUUAAGGGUUAUGUAGCGGGGCAGCCGAUGUAGGACGAGCCGACCGUCCCCCUCCUGCGUCCCGCUGCCUCCAUCAUGGCCUCCACACCGACACCGACUCCGCCGACCAUGAAGCCACCAGCCAGCGGCCCUUCCCUUCCCGGAGCGGAGACGGACGUCAAGCCGAAGCAGAGGCACCGGUAGAGGCGAGCCGCGCCGGGGAGAGCCGCCUCACAUCCCGCCCCCCCGGUCUGCUCCAUGCCUCCGUCUAAAGCCAAGAACAGCGAAUCCAUAAAGAGGGGCGCGAACCCGGGUGGCGGCGGCGGCGGCGGCGGAGCCAUGAGCACGGACCGGGAUUAUUCCGUUAAUCUGUCGGUGCAGCAAGUGCUGAGCCUCUGGGUGCAGGGAACGACGCUGCAGCACUUCACAGAGAUGUGGUACUGGGUGUUCCUGUGGUGUCUCUUCUCGUCGCUCUUCGUCCACGGGGCCGUCAGCCUGCUGAUGCUGGUGAUGCUGCAGCGCCACAAACGAGGCCGACUCAUCACCCUGGUGCUGGUCAGUGUCGGCUUCCUGGCCUCCCUGUCUGGAGGAGUCAUCACCAGUGCGGCUGUGGCGGGGGUUUACCGGGUAGCUGGGAAGGACAUGGCGCCGCUGGAGGCUCUGGUGUUGGGCGUCGGUCAGACCACUCUCUCUGUGGUCAUUUCAUUCUCACGCAUCCUGGCAACGCUGUGAGGAACCAGACAGAACCCAUCAGAGCCUUAGAGCUGUGGAGGUCUGGGGCUGGAUGCAGGACAGAGCGCCCCCCAGUGUCUCUGCAGUGUUACUGCUCAGAGGGAACUCCACCAGGAUGCUCCUAAAGCCAUUCUUCUGUUUCCAGAGUUCAGUUCUUGGUGCGAAAAGCCUUCUCCGGACAUCCAGAUGCCUUCGUGGCCCUUUGAGACCCCUGAAGGCUUCUGUUGGAGAAAGAAAUCUAUUUUUUAACCCGUGGAACAAAACACAUGAUCCUGAGAACAAAGCUGAUGUUCAUGGAGCCGACAGCGUUCAUCAGCAGGAACAGCAGUAUUAAACAUCACCUCCAUCCUUUGGAACGGCUUCAGGAGCUGCAGCAUCAAGCUCCAGAAGAAGAUUCCAAGUUUGCACUUUGUAAAUGUUGGAGUGAGACCCGUGGAGGUGGAGGAGAAAACCAGCAGCAGCACUACGUUUGCUUUGUCCUGAUGAAAUAUUGAUGUACUGUGUGCCAACAACAAACUCUGAGUGGAACUGAAGGAAAGUUUUGGUAAAAUGUUCGAUCGCUUCCUGUCGGGGAGUUAAAGCUGCAGUCGACAGGAAUCGCUGAAAGCUGUUAGGAAGGAGAAGAUGUGAGAUAUUCAGACAAAUACAAAGAUAGUCGAGCUAAAAGUCACCAUUCAGUGUUUCCACCCAGAUUCAAACCACCUGAACCCUCAGUCUGGACUUUCUGUUAGGGAUGUCCUGAUCAGAGAUCAAUACUGGGCCUGAUCAAGACGGUUUUUAACUGUCAGCACGAACCUAAAAAAUGUUCUUCUUUUACAUCAAACAGGCGUCGUAAACUGAGAGCACAAACUGGACAAUAGAGAUUCAAGCUUUAAUUUUUAAUAUCAAUAAUCUACAGCAUUAUUAAUCAAUUUAUAAUCAAUAACACAAAUUGAUGAUGUCGCUGUUUCAGUCAUGUAAUUUAAAAGGCUGUUAAUGUGUGACUGUGACAUAAAAACUCUUCUGGUUAAUCCCAGCUCGUAUAAAACACACCAGCCCUAGUCGGAGGUCAUUAAGUAUAACAGAAGUCUUUGUCACGGUGCCUGAUGUUAGCCAAACUCCCACAAUGCUCUCUGCUUUCCAACAUCAACGUUUAUGUCCUCUUUACAUGUACAGGUGGUCCUCGGUUUAUGAUGUACAGCGUUUCAUCGUUACGUGGAACUAGUUGGUGAGCGGAGUGGAUGAAUACGUCGUCACACGGCACUAUAACACAGCUUUGUUUCCAUUCUCCGGUUGGACACCACCUUGGAUUGUGCUACAUUCGCUAACUUUUUCCCUUCAUUAUGGCUCCCAAGCGUAAGUCAGACUCUUCUGAUGGACUUCUGAUUUACAUCUGGCCGUAGGAACAGAACUCCAUUGUAAGCCGGGGACCCCCUGUAUUGUAGUUUAAAUAAUUUCCUUAAUAUUUACAGCAAUAUCAAUCAAUAAUUGAUGAAUUGAUGACCUAAAUUCAGAUCAAUAAUCAUGUAUCAUGUUGUUGCCAAAGCUGCCGACUCAUCAUUCAAGCCACAAAGGCAGCCGCGAUGUUUGUUAAUGAGAUAUAUUAGCAAAUAUAUUCCUCGUUGAUCCUUUAACGUAUGAGCAUUAACCUCCUCAGAAGUCUUUGUCAUGAUGCCCAAUGUUAGCUAAACUCCCACAAUGCUCUGCUUUAACAUGAGCUGUAGUCGAAUGGUACGUGUCCACAGAAUCCGUCGAUUUCACGCAUCCCAUUCAUUGUCUAUGUGAAACGCACCGCAUUGAAUGCUUGUUCCGUUGCGUUGCAUUUCGAGCUGCGAUCCGGUGCGUCUGUCCGGAGUUGCCCACAUCUCAUUAGCAGAAAGUAGAAUUUGAGACUACUUUAUGCAAAUUCGGUGCAGCGAACGAAGGCCCGACACAUCACGAAACUUUCAUCAGACGUCUAAACUCGCCAUCGCUGAACCCUUGUUCUGUUGAUUUUGAGUCUUUUUGUGUUGAUUUUGUCUUUUUCUGGUGAUUUUGUGUCAUAAAGUAGACUCAACUUCUACUUUAUGCAAAUUUGGUGCAUCAAACGGAGGUCCAACGCAUCGAGAAACUUUCGUCAAACGUCUAAACAAGCCGUCAUUGAACUAAAACCAGGACAGAUUCAGCAGAUUAUUUCUCGCCUCAAAUGCUUCCAGAAAUACUUCUCACUGAACUGUCUUCAUAAUAAAAGAGAAAGUUUGCGACCGAGCCGCCAUGUCGGUCCAACGUUUCUACUGAACUGCGAUUUUCAGAUGCGACGUGUUUCCAUGUGAGAAAAUCCUGUGGACACAGCAUGAGUCCUCUGGUCUCUACAGGAUUAAACAGGAAGCAGCUCCACCUGGUGGAACAACCAGGAACUACAGCUGAUCUACAUUUACUGACAUCAUUUAGAGAAAACAGGUUUUCUACAUCAGUACAAACAUCACGACCACCUAGAGAACAUUAACUAACAGCCUGGAUGCAGAAGUGCAUUUCUUUCUUAAUGUACUGCAGAACUGUUGUCAAACAUGUACUCUGAAUCGAUUUACUACCUUUAUUGUAUUUGAAGUAUUGUACUCAGUAAAUGUUAUCGGAUCAGGACUCAGCAGAUCCUACGUAUUAAUGACUCUGAUCAGGACGUCCCUAAUUAUACGAUCUCUCCAGUUCUGGGUGAAAAGUCCUGUGAUUCACGAAAACUUUACAAUUUAAUUUAGCGGAUGCUUUUAUCCAGAGCAACAUACAUCUGAGAGUAGAUCCAACUACUGCAUCCUGACCUUCUGAGGUGAAGUCAGGACACUAAUCACUGAGCUAACCAGCUGCUAAACCUCACAUCACAUUUUCUAAAGCCUGAACACUGAGCCAGGAGGAGAUGCAGAGUUCUGGUUUCCUUUCAGAUCAUUUGAGUUUCCUGAAGGUUAAGAGGGAACCUUCACCAGGUGAUGCCGAAAAAUCCUGUCUGCUGCAGCUUUAAAGGAGAAGACCUGUGUGAUGUCUGCUCUGUGGACAUGAAGCUUAGCUUAGCUUAGCAUAAAGACUAGAGACCGGGUGAAACAACCAGCCUGGUUCUGUCUGAAGGUAAAACUGAUCCUCCGACCAGCCAGGGUGUGAUUGUAGAUGAACGCUGUUGUUGUUUACUCUGGGAUAGAGCUGUGUGUGUUUGUUUUCCCGCCUCCAGAAGCAGGGCUUUAAAGUGAGCAGACCAUGGAAUCAUUGAAUCUGACACAAAGCUCCUUUCGGACCUGAACUCCUCUCCAUUAAUCUGACAGCAUCUCAACGUGUCGGCUUCAAGUCUGAAUAAACGUCCUGCUUCUGAAAGAGUCAGAGCUGCAGAUUUACCAGGUCAGACUAGAAAACAUUUCACUUUUUCACAACAAAUCACAGGUUUGAGCUGCAGGAGGUCACUUUAACAGAUAGAGACACAGACGUGACGAUCGUUUGAGCUGUUUAAAAUGAUUUGGAGAAGAAAGAGAAAGAUGUUUAAGACUUUAUGAUUUCAUAUCUAUGAAAUUACAGAGUUUUUAUGGACUGAAGUGUCCAUAAAAAACUAUGACUUUACAGCAGUGAAGACAGAAUCUGUCACAGGUCAGAUUAAUGAGACUUAUAGUAAUAAAUCCAACCCAGGACCUAAAGUUCAGUUUGUUGUUUUCAGCUGUUUUUAAGGAUUUUAUUAAAUAUCUGCAGCAUCAGCAGGAUGAAUAUGAGCGUCUCCAAAGAGAGACUUUAGUUCAUUUAUGCACAACAGCAGCAGCUUCUUUAACCCUCCUGUUGUCCUCAUUUACAGGCACCAAAAAAUAUUGUUUCCUUGUCUAAAAAAAUAAUAAAAUUCGGCAAAAAAUUCCCCAAAUUUCUGAAAAUUUGCAAAACCUUCAGGAAGAAAAUUCCAUUAAUUCCUUAAAAGUUUCCCUUAAAAGUUUUAUUUAAAAAAAAUAAAUAAAAAAAAAUCCUCAAAUUUGGCAAGAAAAUUUUUGAUAAUAUUUUUUAAAAAUGAGUAAAAAUCUUCCAAAAAAUCCUAAAAAUAUCUAAAGUGAUUCCAUAUAUAUCUGUAAAACUUCUAAUAUUUUCUUAAGAACAUUCACAUAAAAAUCAACCAAAAUCCAGUGAAAUUCGCUGGAUUUUGGUUAAUGUUUUUGUGAAUGUUCUUAAGAAACAUUUUUAACAUUUCUUUUUUUCCACCAAAAAAUGUUCAAAGAUUUCCCAAAAAUGUUGAAUAUGUGGACAUCAGAAGUUUCACUGUGAAAAUAUAAUUUUCUCCACAUUUUCAAACUUUAAAUUGGGUCGAUUUUGACGACACGAGGGUUAACUACUCAAUUUAACAAGCUGCUGUUAGAUUUAGUCUUUUGUAUAUUAAUAUAUUAUUACAUGUUGUAAUAGCAGAUAUUGUACCAUUUCUCUCAGAAUGUCAUCAUUUUAACAGAUUAAUGAAGCAUCAGUGGACUAAAAGGACUAAAAUGCAUCAAAUUAGAAUGUAUAAAUAACUAAAAAAUGACCACAAACAGAUGUGAAAUGACCAAAAACUCACAAAUAGAUGGAAAAAAUACUACAAAGAUUCAAUUUGACCACAAAGAGACACAAAAUAAUCACAAACCGAUGACAAAUGACUUCAAAACACGCAAUGUGGCCUCAAAAAAUACAAGAAAAAGAUGCAGAACGACCCAAAAUGACACAAAAGAGCCACGAAUGACCAUAAAAACAUUCAAAAUGACCACAAAAUAGAACGUAUAAAAGUCACAGGUGCAAAAUGAGCACAAAGAGACACAAACAGCUAUAAAUAACUGCAAAAUGACCACACAGAGGCUGUCAAUAUAAAAUAUUUUAUGUAGUAAAACUAAAGGUUUGCUGUAAUCCUGGAAAAAUGGAAAAUAACUGUUCUUGUCCUCUUAAAUAAAUAAGAUGUUAAUCAGAGAGCUUUAGAGAUGCUGCUAGGCAGAGCUAGGCUAGCUGUUUCCACCUGUUUCCAGUCUUUAUGCUAAGCUAAGCUAACGGUCUCCUGCUUCAUGGUCACAGUCCAGACACCAGACUGCUGCUCAGAAACCUGACAGAAAGCGAUGAAGCAGUUUGACGUCAGUGAAGGUUUAGUUUGGUUCAGGUGUUUUGCUGCUGAUGUCUCCAGACUAACUGGUGUUUCUGAGUCCUGACUGCAGAAAAUCCUGCAACAGAAUCAUCUCCCUGUGGAAAGCCAUCCACCCUCCUCCUGGAGAAGGUCACUCACAUCCUGCUGCUCUUCUCCUCUCCGUCUUUGUCUCCGUUUUAACCCGUGUUCCUUAAGUUUAACUUUGCACGUUGCACUGACUUUGAUCUGCCUUGUUUUAGCACCGAUGCGUCUGGUGUGACCCGUAGACGGUCCUUAGCGACGACGGACGCUGAUGAGAACAAACUGGACGAGGAAUGUGUUCAUAGCUGCUGUGUUCCACCUGAAAGUUUUCGUUUGUUGGCCUUUAAAUCUUCCCAGAACUGAAGCGAGGUUGAGAUGCCAAAGUUUCACUCACAUUCUAGCUUUAUUCAUGCUAAUUUCUCCUUUAAUUACCAGGAUUUAGUGGUUUUAUUGAGUUUUAGGAACAUUUUGCACUUUGUUUUCGCUCAUUUGAUGUGAAUUUGACUAAAAAAAUGACGUGUUUGUGUCAUUCAGUGCGUCUCGAAAGGUGAAUGAUGUUACUUCAGUACCGGCUCAGCACACAGGGGGGCGCUGCUGCACUGAGCAGCAGCAGCAGCCAGGAGGAUGAUUGUGGGUUUGGAAAUAUGAACAUUUGACAAGAAGAUGUUUUAGUGACAUGGAGGGGUCGUCUGCACAUCAUCUGCUCCCCCUGAUCGAAUGUCUAAACCUUCAGGGACCAAACGUGACUCGAUGAUGAUGUCACGGCGGUGAAUCUGUGAAAACGUGAGCGUUGAUAUUGAUGUUGUUGUUGUGUUCGUCUGGUUGGUUGUGCAUGUGAGUAGUGUAACAGGAUGUUCAUUUUAUCGUUGGGGAUUUUAAAGUGUCAGAAAGGCGAGGACCUGGCAGUAGACGACAGACAGAACUACAGAACUGGACUGAGAUCAGUUCAUCCAGAGCUGGACAGACUUCACCAGGACGGAUAUGGCUUGAACCUUUAAUAGCUGAAGUUGUAGAAGAUUCCCUCUUAAACAGAAUGUUUUAGAAAUCCUCCACAACAAAUGAAGUCUCUGAUUAGUGGAAUCUGAAAUUAUUAUUCAAACUGGUUCAAACUGACUUCCAGACAUGUCUGAUGGUGGAUUUUACUGGUCAGGAUGAUGUUAUUGAUCAUCAAACUCAGCUGUUAAAUGUUAAAAUGCUCUUAAACUGUCUGUAAAGGACGUCUGGACUGCAUUCUAAGUGUCUGAUAAGUGGCGUCUGGAAGUAUUAUUAAGACUAGUUAAAACCACUGUCAGAUCUGUGUAAUUCAUUUUGGACUAGUCUGAAUAAUGCUGUUUAUGUCUGUAAUGUUAGUGUGAAACUGUCUCAGCACUGCAUUCUAAGUGUCUGGUAGGAGGCGUCUGCAAAUAUAGAUGACAGAAAUGUCCAACUGUUGCUUUUACUGGUUAGAAUGAUGUUGUUGGUCAUCGAACUCAGCUGUUAAAUGUUAAAAUGGUCUUAAACUGACUGGUAAAGGAUACCAGAAUGGCAAUCUAAGUGUCUAAGUGGUCUACUAGUUUUACUAGUAGUUAAAUGUUAAAAGGUUGAUACACUGUUCGAGGAAGGACAUCAGGACUGCAUUGUAUGUGUCUGAUAACUGUCAUUCUAACUGGUCAAAACUAGGUAACAGAGAUCUCUAACUGGUUUGUUUUUCUGGUCAGAAUGACGUUGAUUGUCAAACUCAGCUGUUAAAUGUUAAAAUGGUCUUCAACUGUCUGUAAAGGACGUCAGGACUGCAUUCUAAGUAUCUGAUAAGUGGCCUCUGGAAGUAUUAUUAAGACUAGUUAAAACCACUGUCAGAUCUGUGUAAUUCAUUUUGGACUAGUCUGAGUAAUGUUUUUUAUGUCUGUAAUGUUAGUGUGAAAUUGUCUGGGAAAAGACAUCAGGACUGCAUUAUAAGUGUCUGAUAAGUGGUGUCUGCAGCUAUCAUUCGAACUGAUCCAAACUAGUUAACAAAGAUCUCUAACUGUUUUGUUUUUACUAGCCAGAAAGAUGUUGGUGAUCAUCAAACUCAGUUAUUAAAUGUUAAAAUGGUCUUAAACUGUCUGGGAAAAGAUGUCAGGACUGCAUUUUAAGUGUCUGAUUAGUGAAAUCUGAAACUAUUAUUCUGACUAGCUCAAACUGAAUUACGGAUAUUUCUAACGGUUGUUUUUACCAGUCUACUGGUUUUACUAGUAGUUAAAUGUCAAAAGGUUGUUAAACUGAGGAAGGACGUCAGGACUGCAUUCUAAGUGUCUGAUAAGUGGAAUCUAAAACCAUCAUUCUGAUUGGUCCAAACUGAAGUCCAGACUCUCUAACUGGUCAGAGUGGUUACAGAUAUCUGGAUAAAGGUUCUUACUCGUCCUUGAUGGUAUCUUUAGUACUUCUAGUUAAAUGUUUGAACAACUGGCCUCAGAACAGCUGACGGGAACAAGCUAACCUCUGGAUGUCAAACAGCUGAAGAUCAGUCGUGAUGUUUUUUUUUCUGCUCCAGGUCCAUUGGUGUUUAUAAGGAGACUUCCAGCGACCAAUAAUCCCCCGUAGACUUUUAAAAAUGCCAUAAAUAAUCUGUCAGACUGAUAACUGAGUCUUCUGUCGUCCAAAUGCCACAGAUUCCCCCAGGACUGUGUUCCAGAUGAUGUGUGAAUGGAAUAAACGGACAAUCCAACCAGAGACUAUGAUGUACAAAACCCAAAGUGGCGCCUGUAGAUAAUGUACCAUAUGUUCUUUUUUAAUUUUGUACCAGCCAAACGGCUGAUAUUUAUAACUAUUGCCUAUUUAUGUACAAACUGUUCCCCUGUAAAUACCCAGCAGUCGGUUGAAAUAAAACUCUUUUGCAGUAUAAA